AUGGGGAAGAUUAUUUUCUACGAAGACAAAAACUUUACUGGACGCAGCUCCGAGUGCAGUGGCGACUGUGCCAACCUGACGCUGCUUCUCAGCCGCUGCACCUCCAUCAGGGUGGAGAGCGGCUGCUUCAUGAUCUACGAAAAACCCCAGUACACCGGAAACCAGUACUACCUGAGCCAGGGCGAGUAUCCGGACUACCAUCACUGGACGGGCGUCUGCGACUCCAUCAGCUCCUGUCGUCUCAUCCCAACGGGUCAGAGUGAAGUACAGAUGGCUAAUGUGACAUACUCAGGGUCAGAGUGA